GCCCCCCUCCUGCAGCAGAAGCACAUGAAGUCAGAAGCGUCUUUAAAAAUAUUUUUUUACGAUUAUAACGGUGAACAGCACUGCAGACAACAGUGAGGCAGGCAGGAGUCUCUCUCUGGACCGGAACAGGGACGCAGGGAAAGAGUUUCUCAGCACUGCCUGCGAUGGACAGCUGUUACGCAUGUCUGCUCUGCUCGCAGAGUCCCGCUUUGUUUGCUAAUGCCUGGGAACCCACUGUAUGUCCAGUCUCAGAGCCGUCAGUCAGCCAGGAGCUGUCAGAGCCGUCAGUCAUCCAGGAGAUGCCAGAGCCGUCAGCCAGCCAGGAGCUGCCAGAGCCGUCAGCCAGCCAGGAGCUGCCAGAGCCAUCAGCCAGCCAGGAGCUGCCAGAGCCUCCCGUCCAUUCGGGACCCGUGGUGUGGGUCUCCAGUCCAAAAUCGGUGGCGAGGAUCGCCGCUCUAAAGAGGCCACGGUGGCGGGCUAAGAGGCGCACUAAAACUAUGGUAAAGUGGAGUCCACGUCCCGCGCCAGAGCCGCCACCGCGGACAGACGCCCACCCAGACCCUCCCCUAUAGGUUCAGGUUUUGCGGACGGAGUCCGCAC